UUAGUGAAGUAUUUUAGUUUUCUUGAUAAAAAUGAAAUUUACAGAUGAUGGGUUUAGCACUUUGUAGCCUUUGUGUCUCUAGCUGGACCAGACCGUCACCAACUGUCAUAUAUGCCGCUCCAUCCCAUCACUAUCAGUCCCUCCUCGAUUUUGACGCUUUUUUUUUUUGUUCGCCAUAGAAUGUUACCGCGUUUACAAAUAUAAAGCUUCGAGAAACUGACAGGAGAAGAAGAAGACGAAACGAAAAAAGACCUACCCUAUAUAGUUCUAAUUUCUUAGGAAAAACAAGUUUUCUCUAUAAUAUCCUCCGCCCAAAAUACAAACCCAAAAAAUAAACAAACACAAAAAAAAAAAAAGGAUUUUAAAGGCGCUUUUUAGUUUUUGCUGUCAACUGAAACUCUGUUCGUCUCUUGGAUCGUUAAAGUUCAAAAUUCCCGACGGUUACGGAUCAAGUCGAAAUCUGUAAUUUUUGUUUCAGCGGCUGAAAAAGGUAUACUUGUGGUUGUAGAGUCAGCUUUGCCAUUGUUGGAUGAUGUGAAGGUCCUAUUUGAAAGAGGGACAUCCAAUUCUGUAGAAAUUUCAGAAGCCGAGUGUCCUUUGUUGAAGCAAAAGAAAAUGCCAGAAAUACAGUUGGGUGCUCACACUGUAAGGUCCCAUGGGGUUAAAGUUGCAAGGAUUCACAUGCAUGACUGGCUCAUUCUUUUGCUUCUCAUUGUGAUAGAUGUCAUUUUAAAUGUUAUAGAACCAUUUCACCGCUUUGUGGGAGAGGAUAUGAUGACAGACCUGACAUACCCCUUGAAAGACAAUACUGUUCCCUUUUGGGCUGUUCCUAUGAUUGCAAUAAUACUGCCAUUUUUGGUCAUUCUUGUCUACUAUUUCAUUAGAAGGGAUGUUUAUGAUCUACACCAUGCCAUACUGGGUCUUCUAUUUUCUGUACUUAUCGCUGGUGUUAUAACUGAUGCUAUUAAAGAUGCUGUUGGUAGACCUCGUCCAGACUUCUUUUGGCGUUGUUUCCCUGAUGGAAAAGGCGUAUUUGACCCUGUGACAAAGGAUGUUAUUUGUACUGGAUUAAAGAGUGUCAUUAAGGAAGGACAUAAAAGUUUCCCCAGUGGCCACACUUCGUGGUCCUUUGCAGGUCUUGGUUUUCUUGCAUUGUACUUGUCUGGAAAAAUUCGUGUAUUUGAUCGCAGAGGCCACGUGGCAAAGCUAUGUAUUGUCUUCCUACCGUUGCUUGUAGCUGCUUUAGUGGGAAUAUCUCGAGUUGAUGACUAUUGGCAUCACUGGCAAGAUGUUUUCGCUGGUGGUCUUUUAGGGAUAACAGUUUCAUCAUUUUGUUACUUGCAAUUCUUUCCACCCCCAUAUGAUGUAAAUGGCUGGGGACCUCAUGCAUAUUUUCAGAUGUUGGCAGAGUCUCAAAAUGGCAAUCCAUCCAACACCAUCAAUGGUUCAAAUGUACAACAAUUAGAGCUUGAGAGUGUAUAUGUCGAUUCGCAGCAUGGCAGGGAACUAUCAAGAGCCAACACUUACGACUCUAGCCCUAUUCUUGACGGAACCAACGGCCUGAGGAGAUAUUGAUUUACUGAAUUUUGCGUAAAUAAGAGUAGACAUAAUCAACUACAGAUGUCCAUAGUGUUUGAGAAUUUAGUACAUUAUUAUGCUCUUAAACAUGUUAGUUAGAUAUUGAAUAUGGAUUUGCUUUUUCUCCGUGAAUUCAAAUUUGUUAAUUGAUUUUCAAGAUUGUUUGUU